AUGCCGACUGCCGGCGGUAGCAAGGUCGCCUGGAAGAAAGGCGCCAAUGGAGAUGCUGAACAUGUCAUCGAGCCUGGAUCCCAUAUUAAACCCGUCUUGAAUCAAAUGGGUAUCAAGAAGGGUUCACCCUUCCACAAAGACCUAAAAGCUGCUCUAAAUCACAAAGACAACUUAUCGGUGCUUCAUCCAGGAGCUAACAAAGCGAAGGCGCAGUUGACGGCUGAUCCCAGGCGGAAUCCCAAAAAUAAGGCUGCCGCCAACCAUUAUAUGCAGCAGCACCCCAUCCAGCACAAGGCCAGUGCAACGAUGAAUAGAAUAGAGAGCGCAGCGAAGAAGCACAGGAUCAAGAAUUUUGUCGCCAAGGUGAAGGCCAACGUCAAGAAGGUUUUCCCCAACGUCAGAAGGAGCGAGCUUGAUGAGUGAAGCAAAUUAGACAGGGGUAGUGGUGAUAACAGCUAAAAUAAUAAAUAUCAUUAUUCG